GUGAUGCCGGAGGAGCGCGGUGGCGAUGAUAUGGAAUGUGGGCAGCUGCCUUCGGACACGCUCCGACAGGUGACGGUCCAGCGCCACCCCUUCUACGGAUUCGGCUUUGUGGCUGGCAGCGAGAGGCCGGUGGUGGUGCGGUCGGUGGCGGCAGGCGGCCCCUCUGAGGAUAAACUCCUGCCAGGAGACCAGAUCUUGGCCAUCAACGAUGAGGAUGUGAGUGAAGCCCCCAGAGAGAGAUUCAUCGAGCUUGUCAGGAAGGCCAAGGACUUCAUCAUCCUCACGGUCCUGCACACCCACCAGUCUCCCAAAUCUGCUUUCAUCAGCGCAGCCAAGAAGGCGAAGCUAAGGUCCAACCCCGCGAAAGUCCGAUUUUCAGAGCAGGUGACAGUCGGCGAGACAGACCCAGACAUGUUGAAGAAAGAAGCUCUCCUCCUCAUUCCCAAUGUGCUGAAGGUUUUCCUGGAGAAUGGGCAGAUCAAAUCCUUCACGUUCGACGGCCGGACCACUGUGAAGGACGUGAUGGUGACAUUGCAGGACCGCCUGUCGCUGAGGCACAUCGAGCACUUUGCCCUGGUCCUGGAGUAUUCCAGCCCGGAGCAGAGCCACCGCUUCCUGCUGCUCCAGGACAAGCAGCCACUGGCCCAUGUUGUGCAGAGGACACACUACCAUGGCAUGAGAUGCCUCUUCCGUGUGAGCUUCUUCCCCAAGGACCCAGUGGAGCUGCUGCGCCGGGAUCCUGCAGCAUUCGAGUACCUGUACAUCCAGAGCCGCAACGAUGUGAUCAGAGAGCGCUUCGGCACAGACCCCAAGCCAGAGAUGCUGCUGGGGCUGGCUGCCCUCCACAUCUACAUCACUGUCUCAGCCACCCGCCCCAGCCAGAAGGUCUCCCUCAAGAAUGUGGAGAAGGAGUGGGGCCUGGAGCCCUUCCUGCCCCCCUCACUCCUGCAGCUCAUCAAAGAGAAGAGCCUCCGGAAAUCCCUCUCGCAGCAGCUCAAAGCCCACCAGCACCAGCCUGGCGGCACCAAGGUCUCCACAGCCCAGGCAAAGCUGCAGUACCUGAGGAUCCUGAACGAGCUGCCGACCUUUGCUGGGGUCCUCUUCAACACAGUGGGGCUGGAUGAGAAGCAGCCAGCCACCACCCUUCUGGUGGGACCCCGGCACGGCAUCAGCCACGUCAUCGACCUGAAGACCAACCUCACCACGGUGCUGUCAGAGUUCAGCAAGGUCAGCAAGAUCCAGCUGUUCAGGGAGAACCAGGGGGUGGCCCGGGUGGAGACAAGCAUCCUGGAUGCCAAGCCGCUGGUGUUGCUGAUGGAGUGGCCUGAAGCCACCAACUUUGCCUGCCUCAUCGCGGGCUACUGCCGUCUGCUGGUGGACUCCAAGAAGAUGAUCCUGUCCAGGGCCCCCAGCCAGCCACCCCCACCUCAGAUUAUCAAGGCAGAUUACAUCAACGCACACAACUUCCACCGGCCUGCCGGGGCAGGGCACGUGGGAAAGAAAGAGAACGGGCUGGUGGGUGGCUCUGCCACUGUCACCGGAGCAGCCGGGCCUUCUGCCACCAGGGCUUCUGACUCGGAGCUCAUCCGCUUUUGCUACCUGCACAUGCGAGAGCAGAGGAAGGAAAGAGAGAGCGGCACGGAUAUCAAUGAAAACCUGAUUUUUUUUGAGGAAACUCGUCCCAGGACCAAAUCUGACCCCACUUCCAAAAGCUCUGGCCAAGGCUACAACGGGGCUGCCAACGAGUAUGACCCGGAUGGCCUUGACCAAGACAGGCACGCGAGCAGGGCCAGGGCACACACCAUAGACACCCACCUGCGGAGCGACGCCUCGCACUUCUACUGCGAGUCCUGCCAGGCCAAAAUCAAGAGCCGGCUGGCCUCAUGCAUGGGGGGCAAGCCUGGCACCACCCGGGACAACAUGGUGGACUUGAUGUCGCUUCCCCCUCCCGGGAACGAUGAGGAAGAAGACGAGACAACGUCCCUGCUCCCCGCCAUCGCCGCCCCUCCUCCUGGCUUCCGAGACAACAGCUCCGACGAGGAUGACCCCAAGCGCCGGGCGGCAGCUGCCCAGAGCCAGGAGCAGGGCCGGCACCUCUGUGGCAUCCUCUACGACGAGAUCCCUGUCACGCUGAUAGACAGCGUGCAACCACGGACGGUCCGGGACCAUGCCCAAGAGCUGGAUGAUGCCCUGGUGUCCACCCUGCAGGCACUGGAAGCCCUGGCUGCUUCAGAGGAUUGCCCGCAUCCCCCACCACAGCAGACAGCAGGUCUUAUUGUCCUGGCUGCCAUCACUCCCGAGUCCUCCUUGGACUCUGGCCAUGAGACAAACUCCUCAGAGCUCACCGAUGUCUCGGAGAUGGUCUCUGCCAUGAAGCAGCAUCAGAACGCAGCCUACUUCCUCACACAACACAUCAACAAAGAAAACCUCCUGGCCAGGAAGGACUUGCCUUUCCGAAUCCAGAGCUGUGCUGCCCAGGCUGUUCUCACCUCACCCUACCCCCUGAGCCGCCAGGAGCCAAACCCUUCAGUGAAGCCAGCUUCCUCUCCCCAAAGUCCUGGCCUUACCAGCUGCAACAGCAAACAGGAGCAGCAACAUGCUGAGCAGAGCUACACCUCAGCUGUCCAGCCAGGGCUGACCCCCCAGCUCAGUGAGCAGAACAAGGGCGCUCCAGUGCCAAGCGCUGAAAGCAAAGGUGCAGGCCACACAAAAGCUGCCUUUGAGGUAUCUCUGAAUCCCACAGCAGCCCUGAGCAGGGAGCAGUCACAGGAUCUACAAGAGAAGGUGCCCAAAGAGGUGCAGCCAAGCUCCAAGCUCCUCCUGGAUCAAAAAAGCUGUGUAACUCCAGCCAUCAUUUCAGCUGCUCUGCAGCAAGUGGCAAAUGCAAAAGCCUCAGCUCCCCAAGUGGUAUCAGCCUUAAAAGAGGACCAGAAUGUGAAUGGUACCAGCAGCUGUGCAUUAGCCAGCAGCAAGCCUUUGACACUUAAAGGAGGUCCACAAACUGCAGAGACAUUAUGCAACUGUCAGCAGCAGCAGCAGCAGCAACUCUCUCAGCAGCAGCACUGUGAAGUCUCUCCAAGCCCUAAAGAAGCUCACGGCAGUCAGGCUGAAGCUUUCCACCUCGCUUCAGCAGGUGAGGAAAUGAUGUCCAGUAAGACUUUUGCCUCUAAAAGCUACCAGCAAAAAGUGAGUAAAGAUGUUCCAGGAAAAGCUGCAGGCGCAGAGACAGGGCAGAAGGCAGGUGGGGAAGCCACGAGCCUCGUCUUGCAGAAACACACAGCUCCUUCAAACCCAGGACAGAAAGUGCAACAGGAAAGUUCAGCCAAAAUCUUAAAAGCUGAGAGCGGCAAAGUGCACUCUCCAUCACCUGGUGGCAUUUUCAGGAGCACCAGUGAGGAAGCCAAAGGGCCAAUCCAGCUGAUGCCCAGAUCUGAGAGCCUGCAGAUUAGCACUGUGCCUUCUAAAAAAGUAGAAAAAGUACUGGAGGUGACCCAACAAGAUGCUGACGUCCCAGCUAAACCCAAAGCCCCAAAAGCUCCCUUCAGGUUCAGGAAGCUGUUCUCUGCAACGUUUCCGACCCGGCUGAAGAAGGAGACGGACGAGCGGCAGGCCCAGCUGCAGAAGGUGAAGCAGUACGAGCUGGAAUUCCUUGAAGAGCUGCUCAAGCCAAAGAGCAAAGGUGACCUCCCACCACAGGAGUAUCUGCACCCACCUGCCCCUGGGCGCUGCAGCUGCCAGCUAAGGAGCAGUCCUGUGCAAAAAGUCCCGGGGAUGUCCAGGGAGCAGAGGCGCAGCUGUGACUGCAAGAGGAUUUGCAGGGGAAUGAGGCCACCCCCGAAUCAGUUGGUGAUACCAGAACUGGAGAGGAGAGGGAGGGAUAAAGUUGCAGAUGAGCAGAAGCAAGUAGAAGCCAUUAGGCUGACAAGCAUGAGCAGCCCUUCCAAAGGCAAACGGAUACGAUCCACGAGUUUAGAGUCCAGAGACUACCGGUCAGAUCCAGAGAACGGCGUGUCCUGUCUGGCAACGUGCACUUCCCCAGGGGAGUGCAUGGGAGCACCGCACUACAGAAAGCUCUUGCGUCGCUACAGUGUCAGUGAAAUAGAUAAGACUGAUAGGACAUCCUUGUCCUCUGACAUCUACCAGAACAUCUAUACGACCAAGCAGAAAGGCCCCCAGAAAGAGCCUGAGCCCAGCAUCAUCUGUCCUGUUCUGAAGAGCAAAAUCCUGGAAGCCUCUGGAGUGGCUGACCCCUCCUAUGUCCAGAUAGCACAGGAUAAAAAGAACCAGAAGGCUUCAGGAGUGUUCUCUGUCCAGGAGGAGAUGUACCCAAGUCCUGCUGAGCUGCGGGAUGAAGACACGGAGGACGAGAAGUGCUGCUCCAUCCGGUACUGCUUCUACUACAGGAAAUGUGAUGUUGCAGAUGAUGGGAGUGAAAAGGAUGAGCUGUCCUAUUCCAUCCCCAUGCAGAUACUCCCAGGAAUGAAGCUGGACAAUCAGAUGGUCCCAGUCAUGAGCAGGACUCUCCAGGUCCUAGAUGCAACAGCCUGCAGCAGUCCCAAUGACAGUCAGACCCAGGAAAUAGAUUUAAGGACCUCCAGUUUUGAGGGGAGCUUGGCAAAGAUCAACACCCUUCGAGGCCACGCCUACAGCUUUCCCAACGGGUUUCUGCAAGUGCAGCUGGACACCAAUGAGCUCCUGACUAUCCUGAGGCAGUGUGUGCUGAGCCCUGAUGUCCGGGACUGCAAACCCUACAUCUCCCAGCUGGCUGAGUACAAGCAAGAGCUCGCCCUCAAGUUCAAGGAGUUUCGGGCGUCCUGCCGCCGCGUCGCAGCCGUGGACAAGAGCCCUUCCCACAUGCUCUCUGCCAUCACGAGCAGCUUCCAGGUGCUAAGCAGCCUCAUCGAGACCUUUGUGAGGCUGGUGUACGUCGUGCGCUCGGAGUCCCAGCGCCAAGAGCUGCUGACGAAGGUGGAGGAAGUGGUGAGAAACUACACCUUCCUCCUGAAGGCUGCGGAGGAGUCCACGGCCAGGAUGCUGAGCCACCAGCAGACCGUGGAGCAGCUCGCCCGCCAGUCAGCCACGGUUGCCACUGUCAUGAGCACGCUGACACGCUCCCUAAAGACGCUGAUCAAUAAGUAAGCCAGCUGUGAAGACCAACAAGCCAGUGUGUGCCAGGCCAUGUGCUGACGGUUCUCCAGUCUCACGGGUCUGGUGAGGAUGCGUGUCUGCAGCCCCACAUCCACCGGAGUCUGCAGUAGCCAAGACACUCUUUGAUCUCUGCAGGAUGGAUGGUGGUGCUGGUGGUGGUGGUUUUGAAGGGUGGAUUCAUGCCCUGUCACAAGCUGUUCAAACCAGCUCGUCAGGGGGCUCAAGCAGCUUCUUUGCUUGUUCUCCCACACUGGCCUUGUCGGUGACGGUACUUGGGAGGCACAGCUGCCCCAUCUCCACACUAAUUUGGUUCCAUGGGGUUCUGGGCCUCACUGGUGCAAGGACCUUUGUCACAGUUUGUGGUAGGCCAGUGAGUUAUCAGAUGCUGAGCUGAAAUCUUCUGGCUUCACUUGGGCAGUGUGGAGCCAAACCAGUGUCUUGCCACGUAAACAGCUCUUCUGCCUCCAGGAUCUUCCUGGCCCACAAAUACAACAUCAUUAGCAGCAGAAGGGAUCUACAGGGAUACAGCAGGGGUGAAAGUCCCUGCUGCUAUGCUAGGGCUUGGGAAGUAGUCCUAGCACAGGCAGGAUGCCAUGAUCCUGGGACAGAGCUAGGUCACCCUACUGGGCUCUACGGUCACAGCUUAGGCACCAGUGCUCUAGUCCUGAGCACAAGUACUGCCUGUGCAAAAGGCAUGGGCUUAAUGCCUGCAAGUAGGGAGGAUCCAGGGAACUACAGGCCUGUCAGUCUGACCUCAGUGCUGAGAAGGUCAUGCAGCAGGUAGUCCUGAGUGCCAUCACAUGGCAUGUACAGGACAACAAGGGGAUCAGGCCCAGCCAGCAUGGGCUUGUGAAAGGCAAGUGCUGCUUGACCAGCGUGGUCUCCUUUUAUGACAGGGAAGCUCAGUUAGUGGGUGAAGGAGAGGCUGUGGGUGUUGUCUACCUAGACUUCAGUAAAGCCUUUGACACUGUGUCCCACAGGAUUCUCCUGGAGAAACUGGCUGGAUGUCUGGGCCCAGGAAGUGGUGGGGAAUGGAGUUAAAUCCAGCUGAGACCAGUCACUAGUGCUGUCCCAGGGUUCAGUGUUGGGGCCAGUCCUGUUUAACACCUUUAUCAAUGAUCUGGACGAGGGGAUUGAGGGCACCCUCAGUCAGUUUGCAGAUGACACUAGGUUGGGCAGGAGUGUUGAUCUGCUGGAGGGCAGGAAGGCUCUGCAGAGGGAUCUGGACAGGCUGGGUCCAUGGGCUGAGGCCAGCUGGAUGAGGUUCAGCCAGGCCAAGAGUCAGGUCCUGCCCUUGGGUCACAACAACCCCCUGCAGCUCCAGGCUGGGGCAGAGUGGCUGGAAAGUGCCCGUGGGGAAAGGAGCUGGGGGAGCUGGUCCACAGCACCUGAACAUGAGCCAGUGUGUGCCCAGGGGGGCAAGGAGGCCAAGGGCACCUGGCCUGUGCCAGCAACAGUGUGGCAGCAGGACCAGGGCAGUGACUGUCCCCUGUGCUGGGCACUGGGGAGGCCCCUCGAAUCCUGGGUUCAG